GUGAACAGAAGACGUGCUUCCUCGCUUUAUAAAACGCUCCGACGACUCAUUCACCACUCUGUACCAUCUCAGCCGACACUUGGAACUUGUCUCUAAAACCCUAGUCUUCUCGCUUCCGUCUCAAAAUGGGAGAUUCCGACAGAGAUUCCGGCGGAGGACAAACCGGAAACAACCAAAACGGACAGUCUUCCUUGUCUCCGCGAGAGCAAGACAGGUUCCUCCCGAUCGCUAACGUGAGCCGGAUCAUGAAGAAAGCUUUGCCAGCGAACGCCAAGAUCUCAAAGGACGCUAAAGAGACGAUGCAGGAGUGCGUCUCCGAGUUUAUAAGCUUCGUCACCGGAGAGGCGUCGGAUAAGUGUCAGAAGGAGAAGAGGAAGACGAUCAACGGAGACGAUUUGCUCUGGGCUAUGACCACUCUAGGGUUUGAGGAUUAUGUUGAACCACUUAAAGUUUACUUGCAGAGGUUUAGGGAGAUCGAAGGGGAGAGGACUGGACUUGGGAGGCCGCAGACAGGUGGUGAAGCCGGAGAGCAUCAGAGAGACGGCGAUGGCGGUGGAGGAUACUACGGUGGUGGGAUGGGGAUGGGGUAUCAACAGCAUCAUCAGUUUCUUCAACAGCAGAACCAUAUGUAUGGGUCUACAGGCGGUGGUGGUGGCGGCCAUAGUGGAGGAAGAAGUUAAAAAGAUUUGGUGAAGUGGAUCUUUGUAUAUAGAGAUACAUAUAUAUAUAUAUAUAUAUAUAUAUAUAUAUACUCAUCAAAGUAUUUUAAGUAUCAUCAUGUUGGUUUAUGUAAAAAUAUGAUUUUGGGGCUUGUGUAAAGAGGAUCAAGUGUGUUUGAGAACAAAUAGGAUCAUCUGCUCCGUUUGAUAUUUGUAUUUAACUAUUGGAUUUGAAUAGCAUUGAAUGCAAAUGUUUUCGAGGAAGAA